ACCCUAGACCCCAACUCCUCUCUCACACACUCAUCACGUCAGAUCUCUCUCACGCUCUUCACUCUCAUUCUCUGAUUUCUCUCAGUCUCUCACGAUACACCACAACUCCACAAGCACUCUCACCCAUCAACGCGCACCACCACCGGCCACCACCACGCCGGCCGCCGCACCACCACUGUCCAGCCGUGCCUCUGGCUCUGCGGUUCUACAGAAGGCUUGCUAUUACAGGUCUCUUUGAUUGUCUUCAUUAAUGUUGUUUGCUGUCUCUUGAGAAGGAAGGGUGUUUGUUUGCCUUGAGCUAAUUUGGCUGUGGAGUCGUGGAACCUGAGGAAAGAGUACCGUGAGGACUUGUUAUGCUGUUGUUUCGUUUUUUUCUUCUCUUUUGUUCAAGUGCUCUAGUUUUUUUUUCCUUGUUUUGAUUAGUGCUGUAGUUUUAUUCAUUGCUGUAGCUUUAUUAUUAUGUUGCUUUGAACCUUUUAUCUUACUUAGGAGAGUUUGUUUUCCCGAGGCUUAUUCCUUAUCAAUGAAUUUCUCUUUUCUAAAAGAAAAUAUUGUGUUGGGUUGUGAAUUUUAACUUCAUUGAUAGCAUAAUGCAUGGAGAAUCUACUAGACACAAUAAUAGGCUAAGUGGAGGAGAAAUCUUUAUCAUUGUUAAUAUGACACUAUGCAAUCUAUAUCAAUUCUUACUUUUGAAGAGCUAAAGAAGGUAAAUCCCCCUAGUGUCGGUUAAUCCUUGUUGUGUUGUGCAAAUAUGCAAUAGUUUGAAAUACUUCAUGAUAACAAAGAAUCAAAAACUUCAUACCAGUGUUAUAGAAUAUGAUAGCAGCCACAUAUAGUGCUAUGUCUAAGAAAUGGAAUACUACCAAACUGGGUUAUGCAAAAGCAAACUACAACACAAUCCUCUUAAAAGCACAAAUAAAUUCCACAUUAUCUUUCUGUGUUUUUGUUAUGGUCUUUUGUAGUGGGAUUGAUUAAUUUAAUUUCACUUUCUGUGUUUAUGUUCUUGUAUAAUUUCUGAUGUAUAAACAUAUUACAGUUGUUUUUAUGUAUAUUUUUAUCGAUUUGCUCAUUUGAAAAAUUUGAACCCCCUGACCCGGGGUCCUGGAUCCGCCACUGUUGGAACCAAUAUGUCAAACUAUAGGAUAUAACAUAAUUUUAUUUUUGAUGGUUUGGAUAGUUUAUUAAUGAUAUGUUUGGUAUAUAUAUAGAAAAGCAGUGAGAGAAAAGAAAGAGAUCGAAAAAUAAGCUAACUUUUAGGUUGUUUGAUUGAAGAGAAAGUGGGAAAAAUGAAUAUAUGUAAGAUGAUAUAAAUAUCAAUAUUAAUUAUAUAUAUAAAGCUGAAUAAGGGAAAUUAUGCAUCUAGGUCGAUUGAUGGACAAAAACAGAAGCACAUGAACAUAUUUAUGAAGUUAAGCAGCUAUGGUUCCAUUCCUUAAGAAUUAUAUGAUGAUAGUUACUCAUUAGGAAAGCCCGGCAUGUACCAAAAAAAAGCCCACUAUUUGAUUUGUCAAUACUAUUCACAAAAAUAUGGCCACAUGACAUGACUACUUAAGGAUAAAAACGUAAUUUCGUACGUAAUCUUGAGGGAGGCACUGGCACUGUUAUAUCACCUUCACUAGGUUCACCGGCCACCGCAGAUUUCAUUCGCUUUUGCUAUUAUCACUCAGCAUGGAACCUAGAAAUUUCGAGCCAAGACACACUGGAGAGUUAUUCAAGCAUAUAGAUAAGCAAAACGAGGUUUUCAAGGAAGUCAAGACCUCCAUGUUGCGUGCAGAGCUAAGACUCAAGGUGGAAGAAGGUGUGCUGAUGCGCAAGCUGUAUGAAGUUAUGUCAGCUCACGGUCUCGCUAAAACGAAUUAUAACAAUUCCAUCACAUCUUAUAAUACUGGAGCUGAAUCCUACGAUAAUGAACUCAGUGGAGCAAAUAGGGAACAGUGAAGAAUUUUUUUGUUCCUUCACAAGUAGAUUUUAGACAAACAAGUUUUACAGUGUAUGAAAUAGAGUUUGCUUCUGUUCUUUCUUCGGCAGCAACUUUUCUGUAAAACAAAAUUAGUGAACCAUUAAAACCGAUAUAGGUAACAGUAGAGUUCACAGUUCAGGAACAAUACCUCUUUGCCUAAGAUUUUCAGUUAACUAUACAAAUGAAGACGUUUUUUAUUUUUA